UCCCCUCCUCUCAGUCUGGAGAGCUGCUGCUCUGCUUUGGACUGGGGGAAAUCCUUAACUGAGCUGCGUCAUAAUAUACGUCAAUAAACUCUCAUUCACCGACGGUCAGGUACCACAGUAGCCGCCAUAUUCGCAUCUCCAUGGCAGGGUGAGCGGUGCUCUCUGCGAGCUUAUGAUCCUGUCGGCGACACCAACACUCCCCCCUGCGUCGAGCUCGCAUCCCUUCCCGACAGCGGUCCGCAGCCACUCGACCCAGGGCCCCCGGACAGCGAAGCAGAGCAAGCCGCGCGGACGUCCACAGAGAGGGGAAGACAUGCAGCGUGGAGAGGGGGUCUAGGUCGACUACGAUGCCUUAGACUUGGAGAGAGGAAUCCUGGCACAAGAUGGAGGUAAACAGCGUUAGCAGCGAGGUCAAUGGACAUCAGAUCAUGGACGAGCCAAUGGAGGAGGAAGAGUCUUUCUCACACUGUGAAGACGGCACGUAUAAAGAGAUUCCCAUCACCCAUCAUGUGAAAGAGGGCUGUGAGAAAGCGGAUCCGUCUCAGUUUGAGCUCCUUAAAGUCCUCGGUCAGGGCUCUUUUGGCAAGGUGUUUCUCGUCCGAAAGAUCGUGGGUCCAGAUGGUGGACAGUUAUAUGCAAUGAAAGUACUAAAAAAAGCAUCUUUGAAAGUCAGGGACAGAGUUCGCACUAAGAUGGAAAGAGACAUUUUAGUGGAAGUUAAUCAUCCCUUCAUAGUGAAAUUGCACUAUGCCUUUCAGACAGAAGGGAAAUUGUAUUUAAUACUGGACUUUCUCAGGGGAGGGGAUGUAUUCACUCGCUUAUCCAAAGAGGUUAUGUUUACAGAGGAAGAUGUGAAAUUCUACCUUGCAGAGCUGGCUCUGGCCCUCGACCAUCUGCACAACCUGGGCAUAGUUUACAGAGAUCUCAAGCCAGAGAACAUCUUACUCGAUGAGGCAGGACAUAUAAAGUUAACAGACUUUGGCUUGAGUAAAGAGUCAGUCGAUGCUGAUAAGAAGGCGUAUUCCUUCUGUGGUACGGUGGAGUAUAUGGCCCCUGAGGUGGUCAACAGAAGAGGACACACGCAGAGCGCAGACUGGUGGUCUCUGGGAGUCCUUAUGUUUGAGAUGCUAACGGGGACGUUACCUUUCCAAGGGAAAGACCGGAACGAGACCAUGAACAUGAUUCUCAAAGCUAAGUUGGGAAUGCCACAGUUCCUAAGUUUGGAAGCCCAGAGUUUGCUGCGAAUGCUGUUUAAACGCAACCCCGCUAACAGACUGGGGGCCGGGCCCGAUGGAGUGGAGGAGAUCAAACGGCACGCUUUCUUUUCCACCAUCGACUGGAAUAAACUGUUCAGAAGAGAACUCCAGCCCCCGUUCAAACCCGCAGCUGGUAAACCGGACGACACUUUCUGCUUCGACCCCGAGUUCACUGCAAAAACGCCUAAAGACUCCCCGGGCAUCCCACCCAGCGCCAAUGCCCACCAACUCUUCAAAGGCUUCAGCUUCGUCGCUCCGGCUCCGAUGGACGAGAACAAGAGCUCCCCGCUGCUCAGCAUUCUCCCCAUAGUUCAGGUGCACGGGGGCUCCACCAAGUUCUCCGAUCUGUACGAGCUCCAGGAAGACAUCGGAGUCGGCUCGUACUCCAUCUGCAAGCGCUGCGUGCACAGGGUUUCUGGAGCCGAUUAUGCUGUGAAGAUCAUUGAUAAAAGUAAGAGGGACCCCUCAGAGGAGAUUGAAAUCCUGAUGCGAUACGGACAGCACCCCAACAUCAUCACUCUGAAAGAUGUGUACGACGAGGACAGGUACGUGUACCUGGUGACUGAGCUGAUGAAGGGCGGGGAGCUGCUGGACCGGAUCCUCAGGCAGAAGUUUUUCUCCGAAAGAGAGGCCAGCGCUGUGCUCUACACCAUCACAAAGACCGUCGACUACCUCCACUGCCAAGGGGUGGUACAUCGAGACCUGAAGCCCAGCAACAUCCUCUACAUGGACGACUCCGGGAAUCCCGACUCCAUCAGGAUCUGUGACUUUGGGUUUGCCAAGCAGCUCCGAGGAGGAAACGGGCUGCUGCUGACCCCUUGCUACACGGCUAACUUUGUGGCACCAGAGGUACUAAUGCGACAAGGCUAUGAUGCCGCCUGUGAUAUAUGGAGUCUAGGAGUUCUUCUGUACACCAUGUUGGCAGGGUACACUCCGUUCGCUAACGGGCCAAAUGACACACCGGAGGAGAUUCUUCUGCGGAUAGGAUCGGGGAAGUUUUCUUUGACCGGUGGAAACUGGGAUACCGUAUCGGACUCCUCCAAGGACCUGCUGUCCCACAUGCUCCACGUCGACCCCCACCAGCGAUACACGGCCGAGCAGGUUCUGAAGCAUUCCUGGAUCACGUGCAGAGACAGCCUGCCGCACUUCCAGCUCACGCGCCACGAUGCCCCGCACCUCGUCAAGGGAGCCAUGGCUGCAACUUAUUCAGCGCUGAGUCAGAAGACCAGUCAGCCGGUGCUGGAGCCCGUGGCGGCUUCCAGUUUAGCCCAGAGACGCAGCAUGAAGAAACUCACCUCAACAGACAUGUAGACACUCACACACACACAGAGAGAAAACGCUCAUCCUCCAGGUUCUUGGCCUCCCUCUCGCCAACACACAGGAGCAUGCAAACACUCAGACCCGAGCCUUGGCCAGUCCAAACCCUGACAUCUCUGUUUUCAAAAGAUAAUUUAUUUGACCCGUCCAGCACUCAGAUAAAACGCUCACAGAGCAGACAAAAAAAACACAACAAAAUAUAACACCUUGAAGUCGGCCAAAGAGGUAUAGACGACUCACACACACACACAGAGACACACACACCUGUUACUGCUGGGGAGACAGACUUGUAUUUAUUUCCACAGCUUUCAUAUGCACUUACCCUCCUCGCCUUUCCAUUCUCUCUUCCUCACGUCGGGGAAGAAACACACCAGCUGACGUUCUCCUUCACUGUGAUUGGCUGAUUCAAAGCUGCUUCGUCAAACUGUGCCCCCUCCCUCCCCCUACUGCUCUUCAUCGUCACUCAUCCUCCUCGGUUUCCGCGCCCUUCCCAUGUUUGCUUUCUCCACCCCCCCCACCCACUCUCAAACUCGGUUGUUUUUAAUUUUCCUUCAGAAUGAAUUGAGGGUGGUGGCGAGAUGAUAUUGACCGAGGUUCAUGUUCAAACUGUUUCCUCCACUAAAAUGAUUGAGGAGUUUCUGCUUGUCGCAGAUUUAAAAGGAGAAGAAGAAGAAGAGAGAGAAACAAAAGUCCCUCAGGAUCGAAAUCAUUUACCAGCACUUUUGGGAACAUAAAUGCAUGUUUGAACCGAACCUGUGUUUCAUUUUCCCUUUUAAAAACUUUCCAUUUGACUCAUGUUUGUGAUACUGCAGAGGUAUCAGUUAAGGUGACAUAAGCUGCUGAUGGAGACAUGAAAAUACCAAGAAUUUGAAGGUUAUAUGAUGUUAUAAUCACAGUAGAAAGACUUGUUUUGAAAAUAUAUAAAAAUAUAUAUAUAUAUAUAUAUGAAUAUGUCUAUAUAUAUCUCUAAGUAAACAUGUCUGAUGAUGAUAAAGAUGAAGAGCAUGUGGUGGAGGUGGAGGGAUUUCUCUGGGGGGGACGGGACGCACCCCGUCGAACCAGAGGCUGAAUUCAAGAAAAAAAUAUUUCCAUCGAUAUCUCUUCAAAAAGACAUUGUGGAAAUUGUAUGAUAUUGUAUUUAUUUCAUUUGAUUUUUAAAAUUCUAUUUUUUUCUUUCAAGGUCUGUAUAUAUUGACAUUAAAGAUCAUAUGGACAUGCA